AUGUCAGAACGAAAUCAUGUCUCAGCGGUUCGCGAAGCGACGGAAACCCUUGGGGUGGAGGAGGCUCCGGGUGAUCCGCCCGGUCUGCCUUCGAAGCCGGUCCGGAUUUUCCAGAGCAUCAACUUGAACAUGGCCAGCGUUUCUCUGGGCUUGACUUUGGCGAUCGUAGGUCCGACUCUGCUAGACAUUUCUGAGCUACUGAAGAUCUCAGUCGCCCAGAUGAGCUACGUGGCGUUCUCGGGCGAUUUCGGGGCCUUCGUGGGAUCCUUCUUGGCGACUCCCCUGUUCGCAACGUUCAACGCGCAGCGAGUCAUCAUCACAUGUAUGCUGUGCUGUGGCAUUUUCAACAUCCUGAUACCGCAUGGUUCUACACCUUUAAUGGUCGCAUCAUUCGCAUUUCUCAACGGGUGUUUCUUUGGUGUGCAAGAAAUCGGGGUGUAUGUCUGGCUAGUGGGGAUUUGGCGCGACCAUGUAUCGCCUGCAAUUCAGCUCCUUCAUCUUAUGUACGGAAUCGGUGCCCUCUUCGCGCCGCUCAUCGCGGAACCUUUCCUGAGCUCGGAGAGCUACUUCGGUGACGAGUCUCCGGAAUUAUCGGAUGCAUCGAACGUAACCUCUGGCUACAUGGAAGGCCUCCCAUCUCGCGUUCAUAUACCCUAUGCGAUCAUAGGUUCUACAUUCCUGCUCACUGCCUUUCUCAUGAGCAUAUCGUUUUGCUUGGAUUCGAGAGAUAUCCGACCGCAGAAAGACUCGAAAAAAUCCUCGUCCUCCGGCUCUACAAACCGCAUGUUCGAGUGGGCGCUCGUGUUUCUCGUUGGUUUCUAUACUUUGAUAGACGUGACUCUCGAAGCGUGCUUCUCCAAAUUCAUCUCUGUCUACGCCGUCACAGAACACCGAUUCAGUAAAUCUAGCGCGGCUUUCCUCACUUCUCUCUGCUACGGGGGUUUUACAGCUGCGAGGGUUCUGGCUGUCCCCCUCUCCUACAAACUCACCCCCAUGCAUCUCAUGAUAAUCGGUCAGUGUGUCCUGCUGGUUGCAGCUUUCGCGCUGGCUUUCCUCACUCAUUGGGCAGAGUCCGUUCUUUGGAUCGCGUGCUGCAUGCUCGGUGCGGGUCUCUCCCCGCUAUACGGGAGCUGUACGGCAUGGGUCUCCAAUCACGUGACGCUUUCGCAUGACUACGUGAGCAUCAUUCUGAUAUUGACCUGCAGCGGCGCACUGAUCCCGCCCGUUAUCGUCGGCCACUAUAUAGAAAGCAACCCUUCCGUAUUAAUGUAUGUUGUGCUCGCGUGCGGACUCGCCAUGAGCGUCAAUUUGGCUGUGAUGCAUCUCGCCGUUAAACUUUUUCAUCGAGACCGGAACGAGAUUGCGGAACCGAACCUCGAACGGGUACGGCGCUUCAGUCUGUAGGGUCGAGCCGAUUCUUCGCUUAAUUUUUCUCAUUCGAGUCCGUCUCACAACUCGGCAUGCGCCGCUUGUGGAAAGCUUCAAGAAAAUGUGGAUAACACUAAUCAGGAUACUGAUGGACUGAUCGUCAGCGAGUGUACAUUCAAAUCCGGCUGCGACGAGGAGAAAUAUCACUCCUGACUAGAAUAAAUCAAUUUUGAGUCA